UUUUUUUCAACAAUCUCUCGUUUUCAUUCUGUGUGAAUGAAUUUCCAUUGUUACGUUCAUUCCAGUGUUGCUUAAGAUGAGAAAACGCCAUUUGUUUUUUUCUGUCAUCCUCCUCAUUUUCAUUAUAGACAUGCACUGGCUUUUUUCUACUUCUUUUUUGUCCUUCUUCUUCUACUGUUUGCCUCGUGUACUUUCACCUUGUGAACUCAUCGCGCCGCUGUUGCACAAUGUGUCAAGUUAUUGACUCUCUUUAAUAACACAUCCAUCCAGUCAGCAUCCCGGCAUAUUACGAAGCACACUCAGACGUACAACGCACAGUUUAGGAAUCAGAUCAAAUUCACGGGCAGCUUAAAACGGAUUCCUACUAUAACGGGUGGAUUAAAACAGAUUCCUUUUUUUAUCUUUUCUAUUCAUUUUGGUGGAAUUUUAAUCGUUAAACGGAAUAAAACAACAUAGCCGUGGUGUGACAGCGGUGUCGGACAGAACAAUGGAACGGCAAGUACUGAUAAUCUCCAUUUUCUGCCUCAGUUAUGUGGUUGGGCAGGUUAGCUAUUCAGUUCCAGAAGAAAUGGCGAAAGGAUCUUUGGUCGGCAAUAUAGCCCAAGAUUUAGGUUUAGAUGUCAAACGUCUUAGGUCAGGUAAAGCUCGUCUCUAUACCGGAGACAGCGCUCAGUACAUCGAGCUGAAUAGAGAAAGAGGAGUCCUCCUCAUUAAAGAAAAAAUAGACCGCGAAGUCCUGUGCAGACAGACAACGCCUUGUGCUUUACAUUUUCAAAUAACGUUGGAGAGCCCACUGGAAUUAUUCCCAGUUACGGUUGAAAUUACCGAUGUUAAUGAUAAUGCUCCUGUUUUCCAAAAGGAGGAGAGAGUGUUUGAAAUCAGCGAAUCAGCGAUCGUCGGCUCUAAGUUUAUGCUAGAAAAAGCAAUAGACACAGAUAUCGGACUGAAUGGUCUGCAGAGAUACACUCUUAAGCCGAGUGACAAUUUUGUUCUUAAAUUGCACUCACAAAGUGAUGGAAGCAAGAAAGUAGAAAUGAUUUUACAGAAGCCAUUGGACCGAGAGAAACAAGAACAUAUAUCUUUAGUUUUGACUGCGGAAGAUGGCGGUGAACCGCAAAUGACAGGAACAAUGAAAAUCUAUGUUACCGUAUUAGAUGUAAAUGACAAUGCACCUGCUUUUAGUAAACCCGUUUACAAAGCAAGCAUUACAGAAAACUCUGUUAAGGGAACACUUGUUACUAAGGUCACGGCUUCUGACGCAGACAAGGGCACAAAUGGAGAGGUGACCUAUGUAAUCGGAAAUAGCAUGGAUACAGUUUCAAAGUUAUUUCAUAUUAAUAGUGAUGGUGAUGUGAUGUUAGAUGGUCCGAUUGACUAUGAAACUGAAAAAACUUAUAAUAUCGACAUAGAAGCAAUCGAUCAAGGUGGACUCUCUGACUCAAGUAAACUAAUCAUCGAUGUAAUUGACGUGAAUGACAAUAGACCCGUUGUAAAUAUGAUUUCAGCGUCAGGCUCAAUACCGGAGGACUCAGCUCGCAAGACAGUAAUAGGUUUAAUGAGCGUAAAUGACCCUGAUUCUGAAAAUAAUGGGAAAUUGAAUUGCGUGAUAAAUGAAAAUAUUCCAUUUGAAAUUAAAUUUACAUCUAACAAUUUCUAUAGUUUAGUGACAGACAGUGAUUUAGACAGAGAGAGAGCCUCUGAGUAUAACAUC